AUGACCUCGUGGUUCAAGUGUGCCGGCGCCUUCUGGGGCGCGCCAUUUCAGGGCUUUGGUACGGCCACAAUGGCGGAGGCAGCAGCAGGGACGGGCCCCCCUGAGAACUUUAUGACUUUCGAGGAUGUGUAUCUGAACCUUACCCAAGAGGAGUGGGAGCUACUUAGUGAGGGUCAGAAACGCCUUUACUAUAAAGUGAUGCUGGAUAACUUUCUCCUGGCCUCCUCAGUGGGACUUGCGAUUUCCAGAAGCACUAUGAUUACACAGUCCGAGCCAGUGAGAGGGCCCAGGUUUCCUGACAAUACAAAGAUGAUGUGGGGGAUCUCUUACCCUGGUAAAGUGAAGGCUGAAGGUGCAUCUUGUGAGCAGGGUGUUCCUGUAAGAGUGUCACAGGUGGAUCCUUCUAUCCAAAAGAGCCACCAAUGUGACGUGUGUGACCCAAUCUUGAAAGCCAUUUUGCAUCUGGCUGAGCAGCAAGGAAUAUGCCCUGGGCAGCAAACAUACCCAUGUAAGUCAUGUGGAACAGCCUUCUGGUUCAGUGUAAACCCUGACCAAAUCCCAGGGCAGCAGAUUGGAGAGACAUUCCUUAGAAUGGAAAAGGGCCAGGCCCCGUCUGUUAAGAACGACAUAAGCCACAGGUCAGAGAAUGCUCUCACUUGCCGAGAUGGUGGGGAGGACUUUUUAGCCAGCUCUGGACUUGUCCAGCCUCAUGCCACUCAUGCUGGGGAGAGGCCAUGCAGGAGAGCUGAGAGUGAGGUGACCUUUCACACUGAACAAAAGUGCAGUGAAUGUGAAAAAUUCUUUGGCUGCAGCUCCAGCCUCCAAGUAUACCAGAGAGUUCCCCCAAAAUCAAGGCCUUAUGUGUGUAAUGAAUGUGGGAAGGCCUUUGCUAGAAAAUCCCAGCUUGUUCAGCACCAGAGAAUUCACACUGGAGCAAAACCUUAUGAGUGCAGUGAAUGCCACAAAGCCUUCAGCCGUAAAGACACACUUGUUCAGCACCAGAAAAUUCACACUGGAGAAAGGCCUUAUGUGUGCAACAGAUGUGGAAAAACCUUUAUCCGUAGAGGUGCACUUCUUAAGCACGAAAAAGUCCACACUGGAGAAAAGUCUUAUAAGUGUGAUAGAUGUGGGAAAUUGUUUAGCCACAGUUCCUACGUCAAAAAACCAUACUACUUCUACCAGCAGCCAGAGCCUUAUGCUGUGUGUCGGUUACUCCAGUGUACUCAGUUAUAUAGAAAUUCUCAGGAACGACAAACCACUGUAUCUCCUGUUGCUGAAGUCAGUGUCAGAGUAAAUAAUCUAAAGGUUUUCUGGAUUCCUGUACCUCCCUGGGCUGUUAACUUUAUGGCCAACACUGUACAAGCAGGAACCCCAGAGCAGAGAAAAGAGAUCCUGCAGUCUCUGGUGGGUCUUGUGACCCCACCAGUAUUUGAGUAA